AUGUCGACGUUCGCCGUUAAAUUAUUAAAACAACUUCUGAUGACGUGCAAGCGAACUGAUUCGGUGCUCGAUUCUAAUAAAGAUACUGCGAUUAAACGACAACUGGAAGCUUUAAAAGCGUUAACAACCGAGGUAGAAACAUCGAGACGAGGCCUAGAAGCGUUGAAAAUCGAGCAAAAAGUGAACGAGGACGUAGUCGCUACGUGGAAUUCUCAAGUAGAGACUGAGCUAGAGAAAGCAGACGACGAUGUGAAGCGCUUUGAGAAAUGGCAAGACGAUUGCAAACUGGGAAAGGAGAGAAAUGCUUUCGAAGAGAAAUUGAAAUACGAGAUAAAACUACACGAAACUAGACUAAAACUCGAGUCCGAACAUCAAGCGAAGUUGGAAAGUGGAAGUUCGUCGAAGGAAAUUCAUGCGAAGCAAGUGGAAGCAAAACUACCGAAACUCGUAAUAUCAAAAUUUGACGAAAUUACAUGGAUUGGCAACGGUUUUGGGGUCAAUUAACCGAAUCGAUUGAAAAAUCUGGUUUAGCAAACAUUGCCAAAUUUUCAUCUGAGAGAACUUAUUUGAGACAAUGUCAGACGUGAAGUUGAGUCCUUACCAUUUACAUCGGAAGGCUACAAUUGAGCAAAGGCUAUAUUGGAGGAAAAAUAUGGCAAAGAAUCAGAGUUAGCGAAGUCUUAUGUGAAAGAAAUUUUGAGCUUACCAUACAUUUCGACAGCGAAUUCCAAGAAAAUUGCCGAGUUUAGUGACAAACUGACAUAUUGUGUCCAGUCCCUGCAGUCGCUCAAGAAGCUGGACGAAGUGAAGGGUCUUACUAUGGUUACCAUUGAAAAGUUGCCAGGUAUACGGGGUGAUCUUGUAAGAUCUGACAGUGAUUGGGAGACAUGGAAUCUUGAUCAGCUAGCAGAAGCAGUGCGUCUUUGGAUACGAAGAAACCCAGUUGAUCAUAGUCGAGAUGAAGAUUAAACGAAGAAGCGUCGAGAAUGAGAGAGAAUGUACCUCACCAAUCGAACUGACAAAUCUCGAGGGUGCAUCUACUGCGACAGUAGUGAGCACAAAGCUGUUGAAUGCACUAAAGUUACUGCCGUAGCUGACCGGAAACAGAUUUUGGCGAAGAAGCGAUUGUGUUUCAACUGUGCGGUUGGGACUCAUCGGGCCGCACAAUGCCAAAGCAAAACAUCAUGCCAAACUUGUCAUAGGAGACAUCAUACAUCAAUAUGUGACAAAACUCAACCGGCAGAGAUCAAGAAAGUGGUAUUAACACCAAGUGGAGUGGGGGAAGGAGUUUUCCCAGUGGUUUUGAAUUUGGGAGUUUUCCCACGGAAUCAUAACGAGAGCACUGAUCGAUACAGGAGCCGGCAGCUCUUAUAUCUCAGCUAAAGUCGGAGAUUUGCUGAACAAGAAACCCUCGGAAGCUUCAACCAAACGUAUCGAGAUGUUAAUGGGCUCUCACCUUACGAGAAUGGAAACGUAUGAUGUUAUUGUUCAAUCCCUUGACAACUCCUUCAAAAUGGAUGCAAAGCUCACAAAAGUUGACAAGAACGAACUGUUGUCGAUAGAAAAUCCACAGUACGAACACGUUAAAGCCAAGUACCCCCAUCUAGCACAAGUCAACUUGACCGACAACGACAAGAAAGACCAAUUACCGAUUCAUGUUAUUCUAAGCGUGGGCGACUAUGCGAGAAUUAAGACCAACCAACCACCAGUGGUAGGUGAAGCUGGAGAACCUGUUGCUGAAUACACCAAACUGGGAUGGUUUAUCAUGUCGCCCGGAAAUGAAAUCGACCGGCAAACCAUGUUUCUUACCCAGACCAGCCAUGUAGAUUAUGAGGAACUGUGUCGUCUUGAUGUGUUGGGGCUCAAAGAUUCUACAGAACACGAUCAGGACAUAGUGCAUGCAGAGUUCAAGGAACAAUUACAACGAUCAGCUAGUGAAGGAUGGUACGAGACAGGACUGCCCUGGCGGAGCAAUCAUCCCCAUCUGCCGACCAACAAACACGGAAGUCUCCGUCGUCUGAGUAGUCUGACAAAGAAGUUGAAGCGAGAUGGGCACAUCGAAGAAUACGACGCGGUUAUUCGAGCACAACUCCAAGAAGGCAUUGUGGAAGAGGCACCUACAACGGUCACUGAUAAAGAGUUCUACAUCCCUCAUAAGGGCGUGGUCAAGGAGUCAUCAGAGACAACUAAAUUGCGAGUCGUCUACGACGCUUCAGCGAAAGAAGACCCAUCAUCACCUUCCCUAAAUGAAUGUCUAUACCCUGGCCCACCCCUCCAGAAUAAGCUUUGGGACGUAUUGAUACAGCAGUCGGGAACUACACAGCAGUUGGUGGCAGCAAAGAGUCGCAAAGCUAGCAAAAAGAAAUUUGUCGGUUCCACGUCUGGAACUGGUCGGGGCUCACAUGGCGACAAAUCUUCUAGUGAAUGUUCGUGACGCCCUACCAAAAGAACCGCAACCGUUGAUGUUCGCAUGGCUUGACAGCACAGUGGCUCUGCACUGGAUAGUUGGUAAUGGGGCCUACAAGCAAUUCGUCGCCAAUCGUGUUGCGAAGAUCCAGGCUCACCCAUCAAUUCAGUGGCGACAUGUUCCAACAAAGGACAACCCCGCGGACAUUGCUAGCAGAGGCGGUCCCAUAUCUUCAUCACUGUGGCAGUCGGGCCCAGAAUGGCUCAGUGAUCCAGCAAAAUGGCCAGAUAAUCCGGUCACAAAAUCAUCACACGAAUCGGCAGCUGAAAACAAGAUUAGUCGAGACCUCGUUUACAUAGCCAAAUCCACCGAAACAACAGACGAGUUAGACAAACUUCUCGAAAGAAACACGCUGCGUCGAGUACUGAGAGUGUCUGCGUGGAUAAACCAAUUUAUUCACAACUGCCGUGCUAAAGAAAAGAGAUCAGGACCUUUGGAUACGGAAGAGAUUGAGACGGCAAAGUAUUGGUGGAUCAGACGCGUUCAACUCCGAGACACGGUCGAACAACAUUAUAAGGAAACCAGCGCGCAACUUGGUCUUGAGACGAACGAUCGAGGAAUUAUAGUAUGUAUCGGAAGAAUGCAAGGAAUCCACCCUAUCUAUUUACCACGGAACGCGGUAUUUACAGAAAAGCUGGUGCAACGUGUUCACUGCGAAACGCUACAUGGCGGUGUCGGACUUACGAUGGCGGCGGUGCGAGAAACAUUCUGGAUCCCUCGCCUUCGAAGCCUCGUGAAAAUGAUACGCAGUCGAUGUUGGGGAUGCAAGAGAUUUCGCCUUACUUCCUUUACAACUCCAGUGGCUGGGCAACUACCAGAGGACAGAACCACACCUGGUGCAGCGUUUGAGGUGAUCAGAGUCGAUUUUGCUGGGCCAAUGAAGUUCCGGAAAUCCUCCAAAGCAGAAGGGAAGUCCUACCUCGUGAUAUUUGCUUGGAGCUUGUCGAGAGCUGUUCACUUAGAACUGUUGCGGAACCUUGAAACCAGUACCUUCAUCGUGUCUUUGAAACGAUUUAUCGCUCGGCGAGGACGACCACGCGUAGUUUAUUCCGAUAAUGGCGGCGCGUUCGUCAAAGCCAGCAAAUGGCUGGAACAGUUACGGAAAGACGAGAGUCUAUGAGGCUUCGCGGAAGAGUACGAUAUUAAAUGGAAAUUUAACCUGAGUCGUGCACCCUGGUGGGGCGGCCAAUUCGAGCGCCUCAUCGGGGUAGUCAAGUCAGCUAUGUACAAGGUGAUCGGGGGAGGUCAUCUCACUUGGGACGAACUAAGUGAGGUUCUGCUCGACGUUGAAAUUCAAAUCAACCGCCGACCACUGUCGUACGUUGAGGACGACAUCCAGUUACCAACCCUCACCCCAGCUACGUUUCUCCAUCAACGCACGUGCCAACUCCCUAUGGAAGAACCAUGGCGAAUCGAAGAACGAGAACUGAGAAAACGAGCAAAAUAUCUAAUCGAAUGUAAGAACAAGCUGUGGCGGCGUUGGAGAAAAGAAUACCUGGUAGCCUUACGGGAAAGACACAACAUGACCCACAAGAGAAGCAAGUUCCAACCUAAGCCUGGAGACGUUGUGUUGAUACAGACCGAGAGCAAGAAUCGAGGUACGUGGCCUCUAGGAAUCAUAGAAGAAACCUAUCCUGGAAAGGAUAACGUGAUACGGGGAGUACGUCUGAAGACUCCAAACGGAACCUUGGAAAGAGCCGUGCAGCUGCUUUUUCCGUUAGAACUGAGCUGUGAUAUCGUACCGGAAGUGCCAAUCCUGAACCCGGAUGCGGUAGAAUUCGAGCCACGCCCUCGGCGAGACGCGGCGACUGCAGCAAAACUCCGUAUUGAACAGAUCGAAGCAGCGGAUGAUGAGUAGGAGAAAGAAAAAGUAACGUACAGUGAUAUUGACAAUUAUUCUAAAUUUAACAUUUUGUGUUGUGUUAGUGUAUACACCUCUUACAGAGUGUAUACAGGGGAGUGUGUGGGAACUGAACGGAAUUACGUGGACAUCUCGCGUGUGCUACACGCGAGCACAUGGAAUACUAAUUAUGUAUGUAGCGGGAAAACAACAACGAGAGUUUUAUCAAUAUAUUUUUUAUAUUCUGAGUUUUCAGUGAUUUUUAUUGUGAGUUGAGUGACUUUUUCGCAGAUACAUACCGGGGAGGCAGGUACUUCGCGAAAGCCUCGCAGCGACAGUGACCGCCAUUUUAGCCUUGCUUCUUUCUUGUUUUUUAUCUUCAACAUUCAUGGCUGAUUCCUGGAUUUGUCUUCAAGCAAUACACAAGUUUUGGGCUGCAAAACUCCUUUGUAUUUAGGCUUCUUCACAAUUCUGGAAUGCCACAGCAAACGUUAGUGUUUUACUGUACUGGGAUUGCCAGUAAAUGAGGCGAAAAACAGGUUUCAACUCACUUUAAUUAUCAAAAUAUAGAAAAUUACAAAAUAAUAGAUUUAGGUAAAACACUGUUUUCCUUCGCACGCCAUAUUAGCUCCUAUGCGCAUGCUCUAACAAAACGUAAAUAAACAUCGUCCAAAAGGCGGUCGCAGAGAUUAUUGUCUACAACUUUACUACAACCCAAUACAGUGAUAAUUAUUAACAACACGAUUUAACAGAGAGACUAGACAAGGGACGACAUAAAUGACAUUUAACACAGAUUGUUUUGAAAGUUUGUGGCACACCAAUGUCAUAAAUUUCUUCAGACAUUUUCUGAUAGUGAUUAAAGAGAUUACAUUUAAAUUGAUUAAUAGAGAGAUUUGAUUGACGUAAAACUGAUGGUAAACAGUUAAAUGUCCUGGAAGAUCUGCAAUAAAAACUGUUUUGAAAUGUUAAUGUAUUUGCACGGGGAAUAUGUAAUGUAAUUUAAUUUCUGAGGUCAUACCUGCAGUACAGGUAGCAUUCGUUCUAUUGGUUUGAGUUUUCCCUCUGAAUUUAUCCUUUUAUCUAAAUUUUUACAAUUAUAUUUUUCUUAUUCUUGGGGAAAUAUUUUCUGGGAACUCAAAAAAUUUUCUGGGACCAAUGGUCCUGUGAUUCGAUAUUUUUUUCACCCCUGCCUACCACCGACCUUGGAAGACUUGUAACGGCCAGUUUUGCGCUCUAGCGGAGCCAUGCCGGUGUCCUAAGUUUAUGAAGAGCGGGCUGCGAAAACAUCGUCUGGUCUAAUUAAACAAGACGCUUAAUUUAUUUAUAAUUAUGUAUAUGAGAUUAGCUGGGUUUUCAAUUUUGAAUCUGGAAUUUACUUAAUUUGUCUCAACGACUAAUUAUGCUGUAUUGGUGAUGGAUGGAUAUUAUCAAUUUUCAUUUUAGAAAAAACUUCAAGAAAUGUUGAAGGCUCUGGAUGAGAUGGAAGAAUCAAAAGUCGUUCGUUUGGGAGAUGCUUCAAUUGCGUCACCUUUCACUUCUAAACAUUCUUCUAUAAAUAGCGGUGAGUACACACUGUGCUUGCUUAUUAUUGUUUGAAAAGUUUGCUUCUUUCAAAGGUUUUCAACGAUUGUGCUGGGUGGGUAACUAGUGUGCAACGACGUAUUGGGGGCAGAUAUUUUACUUAGGUUGGGUGAUUUAUCUGUACUUGAACACAUGUGCACACAUAACAAUGCGGAAGUUGUUACAGAUCUGAAAACAAGUUGUAACAAGGUUGUUCAUGUCAUGCCGAUUUUGGAAUGUGUUUGCACUGCUUGUUCCCAGUUGGUGUGUCAAGUAUGGAACAAGUUGUUAGCACCUGUUACAAGGUUGAAGACAGUAACAGACUUCGUACAAGUUGUUCCAACAAGAAUACUAAUACAGACUUAAAUAUUCUCCUUAAAGAAUCAAAGUCAACCGUGAUGCUUCGCGCGCUAUGUGAAUGUUUACAAAUACGGGAUUAAAAAUAGUGUUGUCUUCGAAAGUAGUCAUACACUAAAAAUGAUGUGCAUUAGCUUUAUUAAACAAAAAAACUUUAACAAAUUUACCCGCUGGUGUUUUGAUGAAAUCCUGAUUCCUGCCCCAUCGCCUACUACGUUCACGCAGUUCGUCCAUGCUUUGAUGGAACAGGAUUUCGGCGAACUCGCAAUUGAAAGCCCAUGGUGCAAUGCUGUGGAAUAGUUUUCCUUCUGAGGCGAAAAAGGCAUCCUCGCUUUACCAAUUUAAACUCAGUUUGUCCACUAUACCAGAGACCCAGAGACUAGGAUGUGAGUUGAGAUAGUUUGUAAGUAAAACACGCCCCAUCUGAAAAUCAACUCAUUGUAUUUUACAAAUAUGUUGUCUAUGGCCAGCGUGGUUAAAUAAAUUUUUAAGUAAGUAAGUAAGCAAGCAAGCAAGCAAUGGGAAAUACAGAAGCCAUGAUUAGCCAUCUAAUUUAUAAAAUGAGAAAACUUUCUAAAAUCAUUGGUUAAGACAGAGCAGAUUCUUCAUAAAAAUCGGACAAAUGAUAGAUUAUGCGCACAGCACUUUUUUGGACAUGUUCAAAUUUGUCUGAAGAUUUUUACCCGUGUGAUUAGCGUUUUACCCGUGUGAUUAGCGUCCUGUUUUCUUACCUUAACAAAAACUAACCCUUGGACAUUAACCAUAACUAACUAACUAAUACUCGGAGACCUUUGUCACCUGGGCUGCAUGUAAAACCUUUUAAGGAAGGCUUUUUUGAAAGACUGCAAAUAUGUUAAUGGAUAAUCUUAUUUUGCUGUAGAUGCUAUUUUCUUAUUAAUGACCCCGUUAUUAGUUGGUCAUGCGCAUUAAAUGAUAGACAGAAAAAAAAUUAAGUUCUUUGUAGGUUUGCACACAGUUUAUAGUCUAUAAACUAUGGUUUGCAUGGCGAUAAAACAUAUAAUACUAUUGUUUGCGGAAACACCACGUUAAUUUAUUACUGCAAAGCUUUCGAUCCGUAAGCCCGGAUCUUCAUCAGUGCUAAUAAUAUGUGGCUUGUUCAAUUCACACGCCCUUUUAUAUACCAAUUACCAAAGUGUCGUGAUAAAAAAAAUUGUUUUUAAACUGUUUUCUGAUUUAUCAUUGCAGUAUGCCACAUUAUAAAACAAGGAAGAUGUACGUUGGUCACCACAUUACAGAUGUUCAAAAUUCUCGCUUUAAAUGCUCUAAUUUUGGCUUACAGUCAAAGUGCUCUGUACCUGGAUGGAAUAAAAUUCAGUGACGGGUAAGUUUGAAUAAUAGCGUGCAGUCCACCAUCUUGAUUCGUGCUUCAAUAUUUAUAAUUUAAUAUAUAAUCUUCGUUCACUGUACAAAAUACACGCACGCCAUUGGUCAAAAUCGAUCACGUGUGUUUUUGUUACCUGGCAACAACGAAUUCUGCGAGUGCAUUAUUGGCAAUAACGCAUAAAAAACGUGCAUUAUUGAAAAUGGCUUCCCGCAAGGCUGUCGGUUCAAGGUUUACACGAGUCAGUGAAGACGAAAUUAAUCAAAUUGUAGAUAAUGCAAUGUCUAAAAGUAUAAAAAGCCAAACAAACUGGUGCAUUGUCAUCUUUCAAGGUAAAUAAACGAAGCAAAAACUGACUUUUCACGAUUUUGUCGCGUGUAAAAUUCCUGCUUAAAAAGUCUAGUCGGGUUUUUCAUUGUAUUCGCUGUCUUGUUUUAAAAACAGUUGUACGCAAUUAUUUUGCAAUGUACUUAAAAUUAGACUAUUGGUAAAAACUUAUGAUGAAAAUGUGUUAAUAAAUGUUCUUUUCCAAAGUGGAAUUGUGCUUUGUUUUAAUUUAAUUUAAUUUUGUUUUGUUUUGUUUUGUUUACAAAAGGCGUACAGUAAUUGCAUGCAAGCAGUGAACUCAGAUAAUAUAUUAAAUGGGUUAGAGACUUUAAGUUCGUGUUUUGUUUACAAAUGCAUGCACUUGCUGACUGUACAAUGAACUCGAAAUUUUCAAUACUGCACUCGGCUUCGCCUCGUUCAGUAUUGAAAAUUUCUCGUUCAUUGUACAGUCAGCUCGUGCAUGUAUCUGUAAACACAACACUCACAUCAGUCUCUAACCCUUAAAUCACAGCCGGGGUAAAGAGAAACCUCUAUUGACCUAACCACAUUCUUUUAUGAGCUUAACACCCGUAUUCUAUAGGUCCAGACACACCGGACGCGAUUCGACACUGACCGAUAACUUUGAUCCUGGUUUAAAUUUUCCAAAUAUUUAGAAGCAUUAUUAAAGGAAUACCGAAUGGUUUUCCGUGCAGGAUUGCGUGAUCCAUGCACGCGGGAUGUUGCGAGACUUUCGGAAAGCGUAAAAAUACACGAGCCGUAGGCGAGUGUAUUUUUACGCUUUCCGAAAGUCGAGCAAUAUCCCAAGUGCAUGGAUCAUGCUAUCCUGCAUGGGAAAACCAUUUGGUAAUUGUUUUAUAAAAUUACAGUGAAACGACGCUUAACGUGAUUAAAAUUACUGAUGAAAUGUGCAGUUCUCACAACAUUCGUGAAUUAACCAAUCAGAGAAUCGCUACUCCAGGCUAUUGAAAACAACAACAAAUGUGAACAGAAUUUGAUCGCAAAUUCGAGAAAAUAUACAGCGAAAAUACAGGCACUUUUUCGAUAAGAUAUACGAAAUUUGAAAUGGAAAACCCGCUAAACAGAGAGCCAAAGUAAUAUUGAAGAUUCUCCAGCUGAAUAUGUGAAGAUUGCGAAGCGUUUGAUCAACUUUGAAGCGAGAGAUUUUGUACUUACAUGCCAUGGUCUGAUGAAUUUCAACGCUAUACGCGUUGCUACUUGCUGAAUAGCAAUGUAUCGAUCAGAAAUUUAUUCAUACAACUAAACCAACGUCUCAAUAAUUGGAAACUUACUUCAAAGUCGAAAGGUAUCGUACAAUGAAACUUUACAAUACGAGUAUAUUUGUAAAAUUAUGUGCAAGAAUUUCUGUUCAGAAUUUCCCGUGCAGGAUUGUCUGAUCCUGCACGGCUGUUGACCAAUCAAAUUGCGUGUUUCACUGUAGUUAUUAUAUAAAACAUUUUCAGUUAUUUGGUCUACAUAUAUAGCUACAUUCGGCCGCGUUGUCGAAUCGCAUCCAGUGUGUCUCGACCUUAAAAGCUCACUUACACUCAAUGAGUGGAGGUUCAAUCUGAGCUUCCCUUAAUUGAGUGUGGAUAGCUGGAGGCCGAGUAGUCACAUAGUAAGGUACAACAUGCACUAACCCUCCAGCUAUUCAAAAACAGCAAUGACACUCGAGAGAAGCUCACAUUGAAUCUCCACGCAUUUAGUGUGAGUGUGAGUGAGCUUUUAGAAUACGGGCGUAAGACUAAGUUUGAAAUGGCCAAAUUCUCUCAGUAUAUUAAAAAGAACUUCCCCUGAACUGCUCCUCCCUGUUCAGUUCAGAAUGUUUUUAUCAAAACCAUAGUUUAAGAGUGGUAUUAUAGGGUUAGGUGUUAUGUUUGGGUAAUUGUGAGUGCUUCUGGUUAGGUGGUGGUCAGAUAGGGGAUUCAAUUGCAUAAAUCAAUCUUGAGACUUGAAGAAUGAAACUUUCAUUUACUGUUUUUCAUAAAGCUAAUUGUCCUGGGAAAAAAUUGCGGCGAAACAUUUCUGUUCGACAUUUUAUUGUUCUUGACGUGUUCGAGUUUCCAAGUUCGUAAUCAUUUGGCCCUGGUCAAUGGAACAUAUUUUGACUGAGGUCUUUCUUUUUCUAUGCGUUUCGUAGUAUUGCGGCAAAGUUGUUCUCGCCAUUCAUCCAAUCUGGAACACCCAAGACGUGCCAAGGCUUCCCUAUAAGAGUAGCCCGUUUAAAUGAUCCUCAGCGCUUGUUUUUGCAGUCGCUCUAA